AGAAAUAUGCAGGUUACGCUACUACUACAAGAUCCUACGUGGUAGUACACGGGCAAUGCCAAUGCGCGCUGGCCGGCGAACAAUAAAUUUAGCCAGGCCAUCUCAACUGUGCUAGCUCCGACCACUUCUAUAAAACCCUGGUCUCCCCCUGUUGCGCUCUGCCAUCCUACUUACUUGCUCCAUGUGGAGUCACUUAUUACAGCCACUCAGCCAGCCAGACCUUUAACUCGAUCGAUCGCGUUGGAUCCAUCCAUCCCUUCUAGCUUAGCUCAGCUGAGCCGAGUGAGUAUAUACGUACUGUACGCACGCUUGCAGCUUUGCUUGAGCUGUGCCGGCCGGCUGGUCAGUCUAUCGAGACGCUGGUGUGGCAGCAGCUCUUGACAGCAGCAAGCAAUGGAGGCGGGGACGUGGGCGGUGGUGGUCGCGGCGGUGGCCGCGUACAUGGCGUGGUUCUGGCGGAUGUCCCGCGGGCUGCGCGGGCCGCGGGUGUGGCCCGUGCUGGGCAGCCUGCCGGGGCUCGUGCAGCACGCCGAGGACAUGCACGAGUGGAUCGCGGGCAACCUCCGGCGCGCGGGCGGCACGUACCAGACGUGCAUCUUCGCGGUGCCCGGCGUGGCGCGGCGCGGCGGGCUGGUCACGGUCACGUGCGACCCGCGGAACCUGGAGCACGUCCUCAAGGCCCGCUUCGACAACUACCCCAAGGGCCCCUUCUGGCACGCCGUCUUCCUCGACCUCCUCGGCGACGGCAUCUUCAACUCGGACGGCGAGACGUGGGUGGCGCAGCGCAAGACGGCCGCGCUCGAGUUCACCACGCGGACGCUCCGGACGGCCAUGUCCAGGUGGGUCUCCCGCUCCAUCCACCACAGGCUCCUGCCCAUCCUGGCCGACGCGUCCGCGGGCAAGGCCCACGUCGACCUCCAGGACCUGCUACUCCGGCUCACCUUCGACAAUAUCUGCGGGCUGGCGUUCGGCAAGGACCCGGAGACGCUCGCCCAGGGCCUGCCGCACAACGAGUUCGCCUCCGCGUUCGACCGCGCCACGGAGGCCACGCUCAACCGCUUCAUCUUCCCCGAGUGCCUGUGGCGGUGCAAGAAGUGGCUGGGCCUCGGGCUGGAGACCACGCUGACGCGCAGCAUGGCGCACGUCGACCAGUACCUGGCCGCCGUCAUCAAGGCGCGCAGGCUCGAGCUCGCGGGCAAGUGCGGCGACACGGCCGUGCACGACGACCUGCUCUCCCGCUUCAUGCGCAAGGGCUCCUACUCGGACGAGUCGCUGCAGCACGUGGCGCUCAACUUCAUCCUGGCCGGCCGCGACACCUCCUCCGUCGCGCUCUCCUGGUUCUUCUGGCUCGUCUCCACGCACCCGGCCGUGGAGCACAAGAUCGUGCGCGAGCUCUGCUCCGUCCUCGCCGCGUCCCGCGGCGCCGGGGGCGAGCGCGUCGACCCGGCAUUGUGGCUCGCGGAGCCCUUCACCUACGAGGAGCUCGACCGCCUGGUGUACCUCAAGGCGGCGCUCUCGGAGACGCUCCGCCUCUACCCUUCCGUGCCCGAGGACUCCAAGCACGUCGUGGCGGACGACUACCUCCCGGACGGCACGUUCGUGCCCGCCGGAUCCUCGGUCACGUACUCCAUAUAUUCAGCGGGGAGGAUGAAGACUGUGUGGGGGGAGGACUGCCUGGAGUUCCGGCCGGAGCGCUGGCUGUCGGCCGACGGGACAAAGUUCGAGCCGCACGACUCGUACAAGUUCGUGGCGUUCAACGCCGGGCCGAGGAUUUGCCUGGGCAAGGACCUGGCCUACCUGCAGAUGAAGAACAUCGCCGGGAGCGUGCUCCUCCGGCACCGCCUGGCCGUCGCGCCGGGCCACCGCGUCGAGCAGAAGAUGUCGCUCACGCUCUUCAUGAAGGACGGGCUGAGGAUGGAGGUACGUCCACGCGACCUCUCUGCUGCCCUCGACGAGCCCUGCGGCGCCGCCGCCGACGCGAAAAGAGCCACGGCGCCGUGCGCGUAGAAGAAGACCCUGCUGCUGGCUGGUGGUGUCCUUCGUUCGCGUGCGCCGAGAUUCGUGCCGAUCGGGAAGAACGUACGUACGGGGGGGCAUUGAAUGUGUAGGUAUAUACAGGAGUACAAGACCGUAAGUAAAUUGAUGGGGUUUGGUGACAACAUUUAUGUCACUCCUUUCCAGAAUUUACCAUCCGGAUAAGUGAAACUGGGAGACUUUGCAAAUGACAAAGAUCUACUUGGAUUUGGAUCUGCAUGCAAGCAAGCACAGUGGACGAUGGAAAGAAAAGAAACAAAUAACAGUAACAGAGAGCAAUAAUUUGUGAUGUUGCCAAGGCGAUCGAAGACGAGAAAUUACUUCAGAUUUGUUUGCGGUAGCUCGGUGUUGGUGACCAGCCAACUAGCCCUACUUAUAUUCUAUUAUUUUUGGACAUUUUUUUUUCAAACCUACUACCUAUUGUUCCAUUCUUAGAGAGUUCAUAUUUUGUCCAAGAAACAUGUAAGUAAACGUACGUGUACUUAAGGUUGUUUGCCUCUUUGGCAUCAUGAUGAUCAUCCUUGACAAGUUCCUUCUUUCA